AUGUCCACCACCUCGGCGGUCCCACCACCUCCUCCAACAGCCGCCUCCGAGUUGGCGACGGCCGCGGCACGAGGCCCGUCGUCGUCGUCAGAUGAGAACUCGGCGGGCUCUGGAACUGCACAAACAACACCGGUUCAGUCUCCGCAUCAUCAUCCGCAGCAGCAACAACAACAACAACACAUUCAACAACAGCCCCCUCCAAGCCCACUGCAGCAGCAGCAACAACAACUACCGAUCCCUCAGCAUCAACAACCACAACAAACAAUGCACCACAUUCCUCAGACAAAUGAAAAGGAUGACAAACAGUCGCCUCCGUGUUCCAAAGACGAUCCACGAUCAGUAGGUUACCCGCAAGAAAUGGCUGGCGGAGGGCCUCCCCCAAAUUACUACGUCGACCCCAAACGUUAUCCUCGGGGUCCGCCGCCCGGUCCCCCGAACGGUCGCUUCAUGGGACCUACCCCAACGCUCAAUCAGCUUCUUCAGAGUCCUCAGAGAGGACCUCCUGGAUAUCAAGUUGGUCAAGAGUAUCCGCCGGCUGGCCAUCCGGCAUGGCACGCCAGGCCUCAUUAUCCUCAUCAAGUUCAAGCAACGACGUUCCGGCCUCCGGAGAACCGCUCAGGCGCCGGGGACGAUAGCUCAAAUGACGGACCGCCGCGAGGGGCUUCACCAGCCUCGAAUCCUGGUUCCAGAUCGAUGUCGCCCUCAGGUUACACCCCCAAUCACGGUGGACCACCCCACGAGGGUUAUCCGGGCGGACCGCCGAAUUCGUUUGGGCCCGGCGGACCCCCGAACAAAAUGUCACCGGGACCCCCAGCUCCGCCUGGAGGAUAUGGACCGAUGGGAUACCCUCAAGGUUACCCUCCACGACCAGGAUACGGCCCUCCUCCCGGUGCUCCUGGAUACGGACAAUAUCCGCGGUUUCCUCAACAGGGGGGAUAUCCAACCGGACCUCCGCCGAAUCAAAUGUACCACCAGGGCGCUCCACCCGGACAUCCGGCACAUCCUGGCCAUCCAAGCCAUCCGGCGCACUCGGCUCAUCCAGGCCAUCCAGGACAUCCUGCUCAUUCCGGACACCCCGGUCAUCCGGGACACCCCGGACAUCCAGGCGGCAUGAUGCCCCCGCCAAGUCAGUAUGGGUACCCACCGCCGAGAGGAGGUCCCCCACCUCCGAACGUAACGGCUGGCGGGCCGGGAGGUCCACCGCAGGGUUCACCGGGCUCACCGCGUCAUCCGGGAGGACAUCCCACGUAUUUGAGGCAGCAUUUACAACAGAAGAUUUACGGUUAUUCGAGUCCGAUGACGCCACCGAUGCAGGAAGGGACGCAUCCGGGCGUCCAUCCCGCGACUGGUCAUCCGGGAAUGCAUCCAGGAGGUCAUCCUGUCGGCCACCCGGGUCCGCAUCCCGGCGGUCAUCCAGGAGCUCAUCCCGGCGCCCACGCGGGAGGUCCCGCCAGAGGAUCGCCGUCACCCGCUCCCGACAGAUCGAUGUCCCCCAGAGCCAACGGCCCGACGGCAGGCAGCGAUAAGACCCCUACCUCUCAGCCACCGUCGGCUUUCGACGAAGGGAGUCAAGCUUCGAACGCGUCAGCCUCGUCGUCGACAGCGGAUGAUUCCAGUUCAAACCAAAUGCCUCCAACAACGAACAACAACAACAAUAAUAAUAAUACAAAUAUUAACACUACUACCAACAACAAUAGCAGUAGUAGCAGCAGCAAUCAAGGCCAAAAUCGAUUACAUCCUGGCGGUCCAACGCCGUCGCCUCGUUCCAUGUCCUCGUUUCCUGAAGAUUACGACGGAGGUGCGAACUCACGCUCACCGGCUCCAUCGCCUCUCCCCAAUUCAAUCCAAAAACAAUAUGACCUGGGACCUGAACCCGAACGUAAAGAAUUCAUCGAGCGGUUACUCCGGUUCAACGAAGAGAAGGGAACGGCUAUUACGACGAAUCCGACGAUCUCCAAACAGCCAUUGGAUUUGUAUAGAUUGUAUGCGUUGGUGCGAGAUCGUGGAGGAUUUAUGGAGGUCACGAAGCAAAAGGCCUGGAAGGACAUCGCGGGGCUGUUGAAUGUAGGGGCAUCUAGUAGUGCGGCGUAUACUCUACGCAAACAGUACACAAAGCACGUGUUACCGUACGAGUGCAGGUUCGACCGGGGUAAUAUCGAUCCACAACCGAUCAUUAACUCGCUCGAGAGUCCUGCAGCUCGCAAGAAGAAAAACGCGACUGCAGCAGCUGUUGCUUCGCCGCAAGAACCAAAUGCCAACUCAAACCCAGCACCCCCUUCCAUGCCAGCCGGCCAGUACCACCCUGAGUACCAGGGAGGUCCACCAGCCGCAGCGUCUCCGGCGACGCUUCCACCUCCAGUUGUUACUGUUCCCUCUCAAUAUCCACCUCCGCCCCAGGGUUACGGACCCGACGGCAGACCGCCCCCACCAUCUGGAUAUCCCCCCGGUCAUCCGGCCGCUCAUCUUCCCCCUGGUCAUCCGGCGCAUCCAGGGCAUCCAGCACACGUCGCUCAUCCAGCCCACCCUGGACCGCAUCAGGGACAUCCCGCUCAUCCUGGCCAACCGUUCAGUCAUUCAGCCGGUGCGAUGCAGCCUGGUCCAUACCCACCUCAAGGUCCCCCACACCCCGGUAUGGAUCCUUCGCAAUAUCCGCAUGGCUACCCCCCAGGUUAUCCGCCGCCAGUGCCGCCCAGCUCGCAACAACAACAGCAGCAACAGCAGCAACAACAACAGCAGAGAGGACCUCCUUACCCCCCUCAUGCGCAGACUCCCGUUCACGGAAACGGUCCAGUUCCCCCGGAUUACCAACAAGGAGUGGUACCGAGCCCGCAGCAGCAACAACCACCUCAACAACAAAUUCCGCCUCAUCCCCAACAACAACAGUUCGGACCUCCCUCGGGCGUACCGCAACAACCACCCACGAGUCAACAACAACAGCAGCAGCAGCAGCAGCAACAGAUGUUGCAGCAGCAACAGCAGCAACAACAUCAGCAGCAGCAGCAAAUCCUGCAGCAACAACAGCACUUGCAGCAGCAGCAGCAGCAACAACAACAGCAGAUGCAGCAGCAGCAACAACAACAACUGCAGGCGCAACACCAACAACAACAGCAGCAGCAGCAGCUGCAGCAACAGCAACAACACCAGUCACCUCAGCCGACUCCGCCACCGGCGGCGGCCAGUCCUUUCCCGGAAAAACCUCCCACUCCUCAGAGUCAGCCGCCGCAGAGUCCCGCAAUGAUUCAGAGUCGAUCUCAGUCUCCGGCGGUCGCGUCUCCGCGCCCGACUCAUACUCCCGGGCCACAAGGUGCACCGGAAGCGGGUCCUCAGUCGCCUCAUGUGAAGCAGGAGGGAGUUCUUCCCGGUCAGGGUAUUCCAGCUACCUCUCAAGCCGUACCGCCGACUCCGACGCAACCGGGACAGCCCCCAUCGAGUCCUCACGGGCCGCACGGCUUACCACCCCAGCAUUACGGGGGAUAUCCUCCCCACAUGGGUCCUGGUGUACGACCUCCGAUGCCCGGUCCCGGCUACCCUGGACAUCCCGGAAUGCCGCCGACACCCCAUCAUCAGGGCAUGCCUCCAGGUGCUCCAAAUCAAGCGCCUCCGGACUCGAGCUCGAACCGCGGACCUCCUUAUGACUCCCAAGCUCCUUCGAAACCUUUCUCGCAAGGUCCAGGGCACAACGGACCGCACAUGCGAGGCUAUCCUCCUGGCCCUCCAGGACCGCCGAACAUGCGAGGUCCUCCAAGGCCAGAGUUCUACAGCAAGAGGCAUCCAGACUUCGUCAAAGAGCAGGGACCUCAUUACGGAGGACCCCAAGGCUACGAGCGCGGUCCCCCUGGAAUGCCAGGCUAUCCGCCGGGAGGAAGACAGAACUCCGCUCCAAGUGGGCCGGGAAUGCCCGUUUGGGGUCCGCGGCCGCAGUUCUCCGAUCAAAGAUGGCCGGGACCCCCUCAGGGCAGUCCAGAUUGGCUCAAUGCGACGCCUCCCAACAAGAUGGGACCCCCGUACAUGGGUGCCCAAAUGGGCCGUGUCGGUCCUCCGCAACCCUACGGUGGCAUGCAGCAGAAGAUGCCGCAACCGCCGAUGGGCGGACCGGGAACGCUCGGUGGGCUCAGUAAUUUGGCGGCGCGAAAGGACCUCAGUAUUCCUUCGGACUGCGUUGAAGCCGUGACACCAUUGACGACCAAGAGGCGUCGGCUUUACUCAAAAGACGUCGCCCCAGUCGACGCAUGGAGACUCAUGAUGAGUCUCAAAUCGGGCCUUCUUGCGGAAAGCACUUGGGCUCUUGAUGUGAUCUCGAUUCUUAUGUACGACGACAACACCAUUCUCUAUUUCGGGCUACAACACUUACCUGGAUUCCUUGAAACUCUACUAGAACACUAUCGGAAAUGCCUCUCCGAAAUGUUCGGAAUCACCGACGACCUCGAACUGGGUUUCGAUUAUUCUAAACAGUCGGACCUCAAAGACUCCGAACGGGGCGAUAAGGCAGCGACUCGACCGUGGUUCCUACUCGAGAAAGACAUUCGAGUACAGAAGGUCGACGAGGCGAAGAGCGCAGAGCCACCGAAAAAAUUCAAACUCUCGAAAGAAGCACCGAUGCUCGACCUGAGUUUCGCCAAGCGUAACAACGUCACGUUGGACGGAAAACCAGUCAAGGUUCGGGAACGAGUCACGCCGAGCGGCUUGCUGAAGUUCCUCGAGAAAGGCGGUCACAUCGAGGAGCCCGAGCCGUGGGAGGAUUUCGAGGGCGGCUACGACCAUUGGGCUCGAGGGGCCGGCGAAAUAACAUCUCAUAUCAUAACCCACUUCGAGAGCGAAAGGCAGAACGUUCGAUUCUGUCGACUCCUCAAGGGGAAAGACGGCAAAUCCGACGAUCUCGAGUGGGCUUUUCGUCUGCACGAAGAACAACGAGCGGGUGAGAAGAUUGCAAAACCAUCGCCGCCAUCGCAGCAGAUCAAGAAACAGCAGCAGCAGCAGCAGCGACGAGAUACCCGGGCAGAAGACGACGAAGAACAACGACGACGACACGAAGACGAAGACCAACGACGAGAAGAUAUCGAGCGUGAAAUCGAGGACGUUCUCUUCAAUGGCGAGCUCAGCGACGACGAGGUCCGAAGCGCGAGGAAAAGACGGCGGGAGCAGGAUAUGGACGACGAAGCGUACACGCGGGACGAACCGUCCUUGUGUACGUUGACCGACCAGCAAGAAUCGCUCGGCAAGCGAACCGUCAUCUUGUCGACAGUGAUUCGCAAUCUUUCUUUCGUUCCCGGCAACGAGACCGAGCUCGCGAGACAUUCGGGCUUGCUCUUGAUAAUCGGUCGGAUGCUUCUGCUGAACCAUAAACACAACGCGCGUAAACCACGAACGGCGCACUCGAAGGAAUCCGUCAGGGAGGCCCAAUGUUGUUCACUCACAGCUGAAGACGAGUGGUGGUGGGAGUACUUGGCCAUCCUCCGGGAGAACAGCUUGGUGACGCUGGCGAACAUCUCAACUCACCUCGAUCUCGAACCCUAUCCCGAGGAGAUCUCGCUCCCCAUCCUGGACGGACUUCUGCACUGGGCCGUUUGUGAGUCGGCCUGCGCCCGGGAUCCUCUGUCGGGCGUUUCGAGCAUUUCGUUACAGAGGCUUGCGGUCGAAUCGCUCUGCAAGCUCUCGGUGCUGGAGAUGAACGUUGAUCUGAUGCUGGCGACACCCCCGUGGUCUCGGGUCGAUCGUCUCAUCGGUCAGCUGUCUCGGUGGCUCGCGCGCGGCGAGGAUCAAGUGCUGCGGGAGUUCUCGGUCGUGCUCAUUUCGAACAUGGUCCCAGCCGACAGCUACGUGUCGAGGGCGGUAGCCGCCGCCGGCAGCACCGUCUCGCACCUUUUGGCUUUCGUCGAACAGGCCGAACAGAGCGCACUGAACGUCGCGAACCAACAGGGCAUCAACGCGUUGCGCGAGAACCCGGAGCUCAUGGGCACCACCUUGGACAUGGUGAGGCGAGCCGCUGGAACUCUGAAGAUUCUGGCGCGAGUUCCGGAAAACCGUCCAUUGUUCGUGCAACAGCAACAGAGACUCCUGACGCUGGUGAUGUCGCAGAUCCUCGACCAGGGAGUGGCCGCCAACGUCGCCGACGUCCUCUACCAGGUGGCUCAGUGUGACGAUCCUCCGGAGCCGGCUUUCGAGCCACGAGCCGAAGUCGAAGCCGAGAAACCCGAGGAAGAAGAGAAACAGCAAAAACAAGAGGAACAACAGCGAGAGCAACAAGACGACAAGUCGAGCAAGGGCAGCUCGGUCCACGAUGAAGAAAUGGACGAGGUCGACGAUGAACAACAGAAACAACAUCGGCAAGAUCAGCAGGAUUCCGACAAAGAACGUCUCGGGAAAACCGAUCCAGAGGAAACGAACGAGGAAUCCAACGACCAAGAAACCGUCUCGGAGUCAUCGGCAACCACGGCGCCCGCCGAAAUCGAAGAGGAGUCCGUAGCAAUGGAAACCAAUUCCAACCACAACGGGGUUUCGAUGAAUUCUCUCAAUACGUCGGAAACGUCGACGACCACCGCGAUGUCCGGCGAGUCGAUAUCCGAAAGAACCGAAACCACUAACUCCUCGAACGAAGCCGAGCCGAUGGACACGUCGACGACCGAGAACGGGGACGUUCAAGAGAAGACGAAACACGAGGGAAACGCCAAACUUAAAGACGCUCUGAGCAAUAACACCAAGUCGCUCAAGGAGGAUCAGGAAUCGAUUCAAGCUGCGACCGCGGCCGUUGCUUAA